UAAAAAUUGAAAAUUGCUGCGUAAAAGAGCUCAAGAUCUCCUACAUCUGUUUUUUAAAUGAAUUUUGUGUUGCGUAAUUUAUGGUCGAUCCCUAAACUGUUAAACUUCCGUUUGUGAAAUCAUUUACUAUAUAAGCUAAAGGCAUACAGAAAAUCUAAGGUUUGAAUUUAUAUUUUUUAAUUUAACAAAUACUGCUAGCAAAAUGUUUUUUAAGAUAGUUGCUUUGUUGCUGUUAAUGCAAGGUAUUGAACCUUUUGGUUAUAUUGGAGAAGCCGUUCCGACCGAUCCGGAUAACUCGACAACAAAUUCGAGGCCAGAAAUCUCUAGAAGAGAAGUUUUAAACCCAGAGGGCAUUGAGACAUUGAGAGGUUUAUCAACGGGCAUUGUAACCGAUUUGUUCAGUUCGGAAACAAAGUUAAGCAUGCCAAUCUUUAACAAAGAAAUUGCAAACCCAAAGGUUCAAAAACGAGAUGCGAAUAGCUAUCGGCUGUUUAAAGAAAUAGAUAACUAUAAAAAGAAUUUCCAGCGUGCUUGAACAAAUUAGGAAAAUGGGUUGUAAAGAUUGGAAAAUCAAAGAGUUUAUCACCUUUUACUACAUUUAUCACCUUAUAUUAGAUUUAUCACUUUAUAUUAAAAUUUAUUUGAUAUUGAUUUUUAAAUUCAUUACUUUCCAUUUUUUAAUUUGCAUUG